GGCGUAGCCGUCGACGUGCGUGUGUGGGGGGGUGGUUGUGUGGGGGGGUGUUUGAGCGAAGCGUGGCGACGAAGGCAGGCCACGCCUCGAUCUCCCUCCAGCUGCACGGCGGCACACUUGUGUGUCGGCCCUCGGCCCUCGCGUCCGUCCCCGGAGCAUGCUUUGCUUUUGAUCCUGGUCACACAACACAGUCUUGCUCUGGCUGGGAUACUAGCCCACGACCCGUAGCCACCGGUAGCAGUCACCUCUCCGUGACUCACGUGUCCGAGCUAGGCUCAUCUCGGCACCCGCAAACAUGUCACGGCGGCAUCUAAAGCAAGAAUUACCCCCAGAGGAGCAGCUCAAGGAGCUGGGCCAUGGUUCUUUUGCGACGGUGUACCUGAUGCGCUCUGUCGAGACCAACGCCAUCUAUGCCUCCAAACAAAUCAAGAUUGGCCAGCUGAGUCCUGAAAAACGCGCCAAAGUGCUGAAAGAAACGACAAUCCUGCGCACGCUCAAGCACCCCCAUGUUGUGCGCAUGUUCCAGUGCUACGAACAAGGCGACUUGUUACAUGUGCACAUGGAGUUUGUGGACGGUGGUGACCUGGAUCAACUCAUCAAAUCCUACAUUGACCACGGCGACCGCAUGCCCGAGGCACGCAUCAUUUCAAUCUUUGCUCAACUUUGCCACGCUCUGGAAUACGUGCACAGCCAAAAGGUCCUUCACCGAGACAUCAAGCCAACCAAUUGUUUUGUAGAGGCUGAGGGCUCCAUCGCCAAGCUCGGCGACUUUGGCCUCGGAGAUAAACUCUCCUUCUUCAAAACGCAAACCCAUGGCUUCAUUGGCACGCCUUAUUAUAUGGCGCCCGAAGUCCUCCGCGAGGAGGAUUACGACUACAAGGCAGACAUCUGGUCCAUGGGAGUCAUGCUUUACGAAAUGGUUCGCGGCCACAAGCCUUGCCAAGCAGCCCAGCACCUGAAAGAGCUCAAAGACAUGGUUGCAAACGAACGCUACAAACGACUCGUGCCCGAUCGCGAUUGCUCUCGUUCCAUCGUUCAAAUUGUCCAGGACUGCCUGCAACUGCACAAGAGUAAACGGCCCACAGCUGCAGAUCUUUGCAUGCUCGAUCAAAUCAACGCCAGCUAUCGCGAACUUCAUCCAUAUGCUGGCAAACACCGCUCCGGCAAGCGCGGUGUCAUUUCCUGCAAGAUUGCACACAUGUCCCACGGCGCAUUUCAGGAGGACAAGCUCAUUGGCCCCUCGUUGCACAUCGACAGCCUGCUGUCGAGCUCCACCCCGCGACAACAUGAAUCGGUGCCAGACAGCGCCUGGAAAUCAGCCAAACUUGUUGAACACGAAGAUGGGUUCAUGGUCAAGUCCAAGAGCCUGUUUCACAAGACAUUCUUUUUCCCUCGCCCGGGCGACAAGAUUGUGCGAGUCUGCUUGGACGAUGCUGAGUUUGUCAUCUCCAUCAUCCGUCACCACCACGAGUACUUGAUCAGCUUCCGCAACCUGCAGGAGCUCAUGCCCCUCAUGAGCAAUCUGGAAAAUCAGGCGGUUUUGCAGUCCGAUCUGGAGAAUGGCGCCAAUGGCACCGUCCAGGUGUACGACCAAGCCAUAUCAGGCUGGACCAACGUCUUCUUUUUGACAUGGAAGCAGCAUUUGUUCAUUGGCAGUCGUGAAUGGAAUACCACGUCUACCUCGAUUCUUUGCCGUCAAGAUGCGCCCUUCAACAAGUGGCCCCUGGAAGCAGACAGGCACGCCUGCCUGGUACUGCAAAAUGGCCGGGAAUUGGUGCCCAUUGUCGCGCGCAGCCCGGCCCAUGCUCGAGUGCUGGUCUAUGACCUGCUUCAGGCCCAUGUGGCGCAAACCUGGGAGGUCCGUGUAUUUGAGGAGGGUGAUGGCAACGUCUUUAUGGACGACGAAACCUUGUCCCCGACCUCUCCUCGCCGUGUCAGCACAAUUAUGGAGCUGCCCGAAGGAAACGAGACCACUGCACAGCCGGCCCCAAAGCCAAAUGGCAAGCCUGUUCGGCGCGGCCGUUCCACUACAAAGCGGCGUUCCGGUUUUUUCAGCCGGUCCUCCCAGCCUGGUAGCGGUGACUAUGAUCUCAAGUCCAAUAUCGACAUCGAGAUUCGCAGCCCCAUGCGUGCUACAAUGAAUGCUGCCGGCGAAAUUCGGGUUUUUCGCCGCACCUACUUUGCAACCAUGACCCGCGCUGAUUUUCUCGAAUAUAGCCAAAGCUUUAGCAAACCAGACGACCGGGACAAGCGGCGGUCCCUCGGCUCGUACAAGCUGCAGGGCAUGGACUGUGGCAGCAUUGAAGAGUACUUUAAGUAUAACUUGGCGAUGGACACCUUUGAACAAUUUUGGCUAUCUAACAGGAUUCCCCGAAUUGGAGAGCGCCAGCUCUUCGAAGGUGGCGGGCGGCUGCCUUCCCGCAAGGGUAGCAAUUAUGUCAUGACAGUGGUGUAAAAGUCAAGCAACCUUUUCAUGCCUGACUGACGCCGACCGAGUGGGUCCGGAGGACCAGACUGCAAAUCAUCAGUAUCCAGGUUUCUUGUCAAUU